CACGAAUAUUACGACCACCACACAAUCAAUGAUACGCUGCAGGGCAAACUACUGACGCGGGUGGAACUGUACAAGGGUGCUUCAGUUGCAGACCUGACGCAGCGCUUGUUUGGCGAGUUAAAUUGUUUUCAGUAUAGAGAGCAUGAUGAGUUACUAGCUGCAGUGCGUCAACCCUGACGCGUGGUCCAGGACUGGAUUUUGUCCUCAGAUCAUAGCACGCGGCGAGUAACCCAACGGUGCUAUAUCCCCAAAUGCGUGUACUUGCAAUACGAUACCUAUACAAAUUAUCAUAGUCAUUUCGUAUUCGAUAUCCGGGCGCCAGCCGGCACCUUUCCGGGUGACAAGUCACGUUCACUCGAGCCACGUUCGAAAUGUUAUGUUGUAUAUUCAAGGCGUUCGCGGGUAUUGGUACUGACGAGAAGCAAGAUGAUGCGUUGUGCGGUGGCCGCGCGGCCGACCCAUCGAGCACAGCGCAACCCGCAAGUGCAGGCCGCGCGAGUGCAUUAUCCAGCGCUUCGGGUGGUAGUACAAUGUGCAUGGAUACGGACUGUUGCAGCGCGGCGCCUAUAAUGACGGGGUUAGCAAGCAUCAAUGCGCUUUCGCAAAGGGCCUCUGCGGCAUGUAAGCUCUUAUCACUGACUGCGGGCGCUGGAAAUUGGUUCGAUCGCAUGCAAAGCGGACUGCUUGCGAUUGAGACGACGGUCGGCAUCGGCCCCGUCGGGCUAGCCCUGUUCCACCACACAUCGGACGCCAGCCCGUUCGGUACGUCUCACACCGCCGGCUGGCUGUGCCGGAGCAAUGGGGGCGCAGUAUCAGCGGCUGGCGGCGGCGGCGGCCCCUCCGCCAGCUGCUGGCUGCCGCAGCUGCACGAGGAGCUGAGUGCGCUCAUGACGGCGGCGGGGAUGGCGCAUCAGCCUCCGGAGUCGCACGUGGUGGUGGUGAGCCCGGUGGCGUGCGAGGAGGCUUUGUCAGGGCUCCUGGGGUUGGGCUCGGGCGGGGUGGUGGUCACAGCCUCCACUGUCCCGCUCGUGCUGGUGCCCGGGGAGCAGCUGGCGCUUCCGGUGCUUGACCGCACCGGGCGUCUGGCGGCGGCGCUGCUGCUGGGUCUCGGGGACUUCCAGCCGCAUGCUGGUCCUGCUGCUGCUACCGGGGGUCUGCAGCUGACGUCAACAGACGUGGCGGAGCUUCAGCGGCUGGCGCAGUUCUUUGGUUACGGCAUGUUUGCGGACCCUGAACAUACAGCCUUCCUGACCAAGGUUGCCUCCCACCUGUCCUCCGCCUCCGUCAGCCUCAGCCUGCACGACCUGGUGUGUGCGGUGCUGGACGCGGUGCCCGACCUGCUGGCCGCAAAGACGGGACUCACACGGCCGCACGCGCUCAUGGCAGCAACCACCGCGCCGGCGCCACCAGCUGCUGUGACGGGUCGCGGCAGCUACGGCGGUGACUCCUUGCCGUUUUACCCCGGCACCACCACCGCUUCCGCUACGGCUGUCGGCUGCCCACCACCGCUGCUAACAUCGGCAGUGUCCCUGGCGUCGCCAUCCUCAGCAGCCACCGCCACCAGCACAGCGGCUGUUGUUUUCGUGCCGAAACCCGGCGUUUUCACACAGCCGCUGUCUGUCACUGCGCCCCCGCCUCAGCAUCACGGGCAAGGGCUGGACGGCGGCGGUGAGUGUGAUGACCCCCUGCUGCGGCUGAUGGACACGCUGACAUCGCCCCGCCUGGGCGCUGCUGCUGCUGCUGCUGCUGCUGCGGCGGCGGCGGCGGCGGCGGCGGUGGCUACGGGUGCGGGCUCCGGCCACACUGCGGCACACCACACGGCCUCGCCGUUUUCAGCGGCAGCAGUAGGGUCGCAGCCGCACGCCGGUCAUCACGCCAACGGCAGCCCGCACCCGGCAACAACGGCAAGCGUGAACACACGCAGCGGCGGCGGCAAGCUCCUCGAGGGCGGGGCGGGCGGAAUUCAGGGUCUGCUGGGCGAGGGUGUGGGACUCGGGAGUGCCUCGGACCUGCACCUACUGCUGGGCUCGCUCACGCCAGGCGGCGGCGGUGCAGAUGUAGGCGGUGCGUGGGGUGAGCGGCCGCAGCCGCCGCCGCGCCCCGCCCGAGUCAAGGCCGUGCGACUGCCGCUUUCCGACACCCUGUUGCAGGACACCCUCCGGUCGGCGUCGCUGUCCACAAGCACGCCCGGGCCGACAUCCUACGCCUCCGGUUCUACCUCGCUCAACAUGCCGGCUUGGCCAUCUGCCCCGCUGCCGCCGCACCUGCCCCGCGCUCGGCCGCCCGCAGCAGUAGCCGCACCGGUGGUGGGCGGUUUCAACAAGGGCAACACUGCUGCUUGGCCACAAGUGCCCCCGGCUGCCUCUGGGCCUCUGGGCACAGUCAGCAGCGCCGGAGCUGCUGCCGUCGGCAGGCUCCCGCGGUCGUCGCUGCCAGCAGUCGUGGUCAAGGUGGUGUCCGAUGCGAGCAGCCACGUGCUCUGUGAGUCGCAGCCGCCGCGGGAUGUCCGCAUGUGCGGAAACGCCCUCGCAGGGCUACUGGCAGCAGCAAGUGGUGCUGGCGCCACGGCGCCACUGCAAGCGCCUGGAGCCAAGUCCAGUGCUUCAGGGCAGCAGCAGCACCAGCUCUCGGUGUCGCCUGGCACCCUACUGCUCUGUGUUGAGGCCGCUCCCACCCUUGCUUCUGCUCCGGCGUCUUCGGCUGAGACCGGCGCGUGGGGCGGCGGGCCGCUGCUGGCUCCGGCCCCCGCCCCGCCGCUGUCCUGUGCCUCCACCGCGGACGCAUCCGCCCUGCCGCCCAGCACGGCCCUGCUCAGCUCCCUGGCUAGCGGGCUGGGCGGCGGCGCAGACGGCGGCCGCAGCCUGCUGCCGGGCGGUGGGUCUGCAGCGUCCACGUGGGGCCACGGCUACGGCUACAGCUGCAGCAACCUGAGCGGCUGCCUGAGGCCGUCCGCCGGGGCCCCACCGCCAGCGGCUGGGGGCGGCUACGGACUCCAGCAUUCAGGACAUGCCCAGCAGCAGCACCAGCAGCAGGCGCGAGCCUCUCUGUGCCCCGGCCCCGGUCAGCUGGGCGUGUACGUGGUGUUUGCGGAGGUGCUGCCGCGCGGGCUGCUGGAGCUGGCGGCCAGGGAGCUGGCGGCAGUCAUGCCGAUCAUCUUCAGCACGUUCCGUGAGUCCCUCGCCGCCUCCGCCACCGCUGCUGCCGUAACUGCCGCCGCCACCACUACUGCGACCAGCUGCUUCACUGGCGGCGGCGCGACCUCACCGCUGCCAGAUCCGCUGCUGCACGACACCAUGGCUGCCGCCCGCUGUCACGGAGCGCCCGCCGCCCAGCUGGCGGCGGACUGGCAGGCGCUGCACUGCCAGCUCACAGGACAGCCGGUGCCGCCGCCGCCGCCGCCGCCGCCGCGGAUGCCCGUCCCGCUGGGACUGCCAUCAUCAGCAGCCGCGCCAGCGGUGACCAGCGGCUGUGGCCUAGCGCGCGCCUCCCCCGCAACCGCCGCCGGCAUCAUGACGCCGCCGCCGCAGCCAGCACACCACCAGCUGCCGGUGUCCUGUCCCAGUGGCAACAACGUGCUGGCGGCGGCGGCGGCGGCGGCGGCGGCGGCCAACGGCUCCGUGCUGUCCACCGUGUCCGAGGACGGGCUGGCGGCGCCAGCGGCGGCUGCAGCGGCGGCAGUGGCGGACAGUGACGUGGACACAUCAGAGCUGUUGGAUGCAGUGCAGUCGGCGGCGGCGCCGUCUCUGCCGCCUUCUGCGGCGCCCAUCGUCGCGCACAGCAGUGACCCGCUGGUACGGCGCCUGAGCCUGAGCCGCGCCAUCAUGGGCGGCGGUGGCGGCGGGACCAACAGCGCCGCGGCGGCCUUGCGCUGCCCCGUCAGUCCAGGCAGCCGCUCGGCCUCUGGCAAUCCUAGCGCUGCCGACAACCGCGCGGCGAGCGGCGGCAGCAGCCGCCACCGCCGCAGCAGCUUGUGGGGAGCCCCGCCGGCUCAGUCGCAACUCCAGCCUCCGUUGCAGCGGCACCGGGCCAGUGGCACGCACGUGGCGGCAGCCGCUGUGUUCCCCGAGGCAGGAGGGGACGACCUUGCUAUCCCCCGGGUGGCUGGAGACCGGUCGCCAGCCGCGGCCGACUGGGGCCUGGCUGGCGGUGCCGGUGCUGGGGCUGCACGGCCCGCCAGCAGCAGCAUCCGCCGCCAUGCAGCACCAAGCAGUCCCAGCGGUGCUGCUGUGGCAGCGAACAGCCUGGGCCUCGUGCGGCGCGGCAGUGGCCUGAUGGAGGCCCUGCAACGCAAGCUGCGUGGCGGCAGUAGCGGGCAGCAGCAGCAGCGUGCAGCGCCUUCCUCGCCGCCUGCCGCACUGCCUGUGUUACCUGCAGUCCAACAGAGCCAUCCGCAGCUGCACGUGAGUCGGACCAGCCUGGCCCUGGAUGCAUCAGUGCGCUCGCAGCAGCAGCAGCAGCCGGAUGCUCCAGCAGCAGCAUGUGCUGGAGCCACACCGGCGGGCAGCAACAGCAGCAGCCUCCAACCCGGUUGUGGCCGUGUUGCAGCGGCAGUGGCAUUGGCAGCAGCUGCAGGCUCUGGAGCCGGCAGCCUGAAUCUCCGCGCUGGAACCGGCACUGCUGGCGCCGGCGCCGGCCGAUCGGCUCCCCGCCGCAGCCGGACCUCCCAGGGUCUCAACAGCGGCGGGCACGGCACAGCGGCGCCCCACUCACUCUUCCUGGUGUCUCCUGGGUCCGCCGCAUCUGCCUUCAGCCGCUCCGGCCACCAAGGCAAUGCGCUGCGCCGGCGCUCCACCCUCAGCGCCAUGCUGCCCAGCCUGCAACACAUUCACCUGGUGGCCCAGCAGCAGCAGCUGCAGCAGAGGGCGCUGCUGGCGUCAAGUCCGGCGCUGUUCCUGGAGCAGGCGGCGGAGGUGGAGGCCGCAGUGGCGCCGCCGCCCACUGAGGCUCUGCUGGCGGCCAUGCGGCGGCGGCUGUCCACCGCCCUCACUUCGCACGAGGAGGGACAGCAGGCAAAGGCUGCUGUGAGUCAAGAUAUUGCGGCGUUGGAGCUGUUGGAGAUGCUGGGCCACGGCGGCCAGGGUGUGGUGUUCCGCGGCACGCUGCACGGGCUAGAGGUGGCGGUCAAGGUGCUGGAGCAGAAGUCCCCCACGGCCGCAAAGGACAACUGCAAAGACAACCAGGCAGUGGCAGCGGAUGCAGGCGCCGAUGCCGCCGGAAAGGAAGGCGCGGAGGCAGGGGCGGAGGUGGAAGCGGAGGGUGUCGCAAGCAAGGAGGAGGAGGAGCUGGCACGCACGGCCAAGCGCAGUGCUAUGGAGCUGGCGGUGGCCAGUGUGGUCAGCCACCCCUACAUCGUGCAGGUGUACGCAGCCUUCAGCGACGUGGCGGUGGUGCGGCACCGCGACGCCGCCGCAGAGGCCGUGCUGCGCCUGUGCGCGGCAGACGACCUGCGUGCAGUGGGCAUUGCGCCGGACCCCAUCAACCAGGUCCUGUGCCUCGAGUUUUGCGACUCGGGCUCCCUGGCAAGCAAGGUGCGCGCCGGCGCGUUCCACCAGCCGUGCGCCUCCAGCGCCGAGCAGGGCGCCAUGUGGCCGGCGCUGGUGCCCCUGUACACGAGCCUGCUGGAGGUGGCGCUGGCGCUGCGGCACAUGCACUCCAAGCGCCUGGUGCACUGCGACGUCAAGGCCGCCAACGUGCUGCUCAAGAGCUCGGCAAGGGACCCCCGCGGCUGGAGCUGCAAGCUGAGCGACUUUGGAUGCGUGCGUAUCCUGAACGAGGAGGGGCCGGACGGGCAGCCCGGCUUCCGGUCCGCGCACCCGCACGGCACCGUGCCAUACAUGCCACCUGAGUGCUUCCUGGGCGCCCGCAUGCUGCUGGGCACCUCAGUGGACGUGUACGCGUUUGGAGUGCUGAUGUGGGAGCUCCUGUACGCACGGACGCCUUUCAAGGGCAUGGAGAAGAAGGACAUCGCCUUCCAGGUGGUCCACGCCGGCCUGCGCCCCGCCUUCCAGCCCCUGGCGCCGCCCGCCUACGUGCACCUGGCGGAGUGCUGCAUGGCGGCGCAGCCCCGGGCCAGGCCCACUGCGCUGGCGCUGGUGGCGGAGUUGCAGCAGCUGCUGGCGGAGGCGGUGGAGGCGGAGGGCGGCGGAGGGCGCGGCGUCUCCGUGGCGCUUGCCAUGCAGCUGUCUGCUGUGAGCUAGACUGAACGGUGGAAUCAUGUAGGUUACGCUGCAGGAUCCGGAGUAGUAGACCAGUGCCUAUCUACACAUGCAGUACUGUAGUAUGAUGGGCACUGCGGCAAGGCGGAGCACAUUGCUACUGUUGCGCUAGCUGUUUGUGAUGACAGCACCACUCGCUCAUUCGGAACGCGACUGCCCGCCACGGUACCUAGCACAUUGGGUGGUGCUCGGAUUCUCGCAAGCAAUGCGUGAGGCACGCUCAUGCAUCGAAGAAGCUAAGAGAUGCAUCGUGUUUGGGGCAGCAGUACAAAGACGACGUGACGUGCUUGUGUUGCAUAUCGAGUGCGCUACGCUUGCCUAGUGUCGGUCAGAUAAGACAGCGGCAGUACGGUGUGCGCGUGGGGAGCGCCGGAGAGCAUGCCUAGCUCAGCGCAAGCUCGCUGUUCUUCACAGCUUAAUUAUUGCGCAGUUAUCACAUGUACAGUUUAUUGUUAGUCUAUUGCGAAGUUAAGUUCUUCUGUUGAUGCUUUGCAACACGCGGAACAGUAUGGUGAGUGGCCAAGGCCCCAGGGGCUUGGGGUGUCGGGUUUGAAUGGGACCUCGAGCAUUGUCAUUCAUGCUGCAGUACCUCCAACUGCUAAGUAUGCAGUCUAUGGUGUGGUGCCAUUUGCAGACUUCGUGGGAAUGAGGGCGGAGCCAUUGGAUGCAUGUACUGGGGCUGGGGUCGGGGGCAACCAAGGGUAUACUGUCAUGGUGGAUGUUGUCAUGGUUGCGCGGGGCAUCGCCCAAAUGGCCCAAAUUGCGUAAUUCAGAACAGUAGGAUAGCAGGGUGUGUGAAUAUUUGUAAAAUAAUCAACAUGUGUGUGUGUGAGUUGGUGUGUGUGUCUGUGUGCAUGCGUGCGUGCGUGUGAGUGAGAGAGGAUACAUGAUGGAUAAAGUAUGCCAUGUGGCACGAGUGGGAGAGCGUGUGUGUGCAUCGUAUGUCGUAGUGAAGCGGGCACAGGGGCUAAUGGAACAGAACAAACCGCAGAUGUAGGGUGUGUUACAGAUCACAGCAAAGACUGAGUGGGUCAGCGGUGUGGGUCAGGGGAUCCCCUGGUGUGGGUGUUACGGCACUGUGCGUAUGUGCAGGGGUGUGCAUCCCCGCGUAUGUGCGCGUCAAUUUAUGUACACUUGCGCAGAUUUGGGGUAUCGGGUGCAAAGCACGUGCUCGGCCGGUCGACUCGUAUGUAUAACUUUCUCUGCUUAGGGUCUAGCAAGGGACGAGCCCUGCUGCCCCCAUGCUGUACUGCUGCUGCUGAUAAGGAUAUCACAAGGUGUGCAUCUUGGAGCCGUCCUUGUUGGCAGGCGCCGUGACUCCGUGAGGCCGUGUGGGUCUGGUUACCUCGGCUCCUUUGGGAAGUGCGGGCUGUCUCCCUCCCUCCCGCGGAAGCCCCGAUUGGCGAUUGCUCACACGAACCAAAUCCUGGGCGGAGGACUAUCCAGGGGAUUCGUAUUCUAGUGUCAGGGUCAGGAGGCGUUAGCAACGGAUUAGGUGCCUGGCUUGCGGUCAAGGCCGGACAGAACCAUGUAACCCACUGCCAUG